AUGGAGCCCUCGACCACCAACCCGUCGGAGCACACGCACGUCGACUCGCACGAGAUGCAGCAGAUGCCGCCCACGUACCCCUCGCCCUCGAUGCAGCCCGAGCAAGCAACCGGCAAGACGCGGGUCAGGUUCAACAGCUCGGCCAACGUCGAAGUCCCUGCGCCCCUAGAACACGUCCAGAGCUACACCCGCAUCAGCGAAUCCGGGUCGAAUGAAAUCACCACCAACGAACACACCACCGACGCCGAAGAGCUCUGGAAUGCAUACCACACCGGCCAGCAAAGCCACAACGCGCCGCCGGUGAGCGAAGUGGAUCCCGAGGGCGCCUACACUGUCACCGGCAACACCAACGGCGGCAUCUUCUACCAGCUCCUGCAAGCCUACAAGCAACCGGUGCGCGGUUAUACCGAUACAUCCUCCGAAGCCAGCGAGACAUCACCCACACAGAGGUCGCGACCUGGCUCUUCUUCAGGACCCAGCACCCCAUCCAAGAAGAAAUGGUACAACGCAAACAAGCCAAUGCAGUCAACAGAGACGCUGGCGACUCUCGUUGGCGCUUCAGCCAAGCUGGCAAACCCCAAGGAUGACAAGAAAGAUGCCGCUAUGCGCCCGCGCCAUCACAAGCGCAGCAGCAGUGGAGGAAUCAUUGCCAAGGUGUUGAAGCCAAAGGAAGACCAGGAUGCCAAGAUCAAGAUACACGUUGCAAACAUCCUCAAGCGACAGCAGUACAUCAUCCGCAUGUGCCGCGCUCUCAUGCUCUUUGGCGCACCCACACAUCGCCUCGAAGAGUACCUUGCGACAACGGCCAAGGUCCUUGAGAUCAACUCCCAAUUCCUCUACAUCCCCGGGUGUAUGAUCAUCUCCUUCGAUGACAGCAUGACCCACACCGCUGAAGUCAAGAUCGUUCGCACCGAUCAAGGCGUCAACCUCGGCAAGCUGAAGGACACUCACGACAUCUACAAGGAGGUUUUGCACGACGUCAUCAGCUUGGACGAGGCUCUUGCCCGCUUGGACGAGGUCAUCAACGCAAAGGAUCGCCAUCCACGUUGGCUGACUGUCCUCAUGUACGGUCUUGCUAGUGCGGCAGUCUCUUGCUUCUUCAAGGCCCGCCCCAUCGACAUGCCCGUCAUCUUCGUACUCGGCAUUGUCCUCGGGCUGCUCCAGCUUGUCAUCGCUCCGCUGUCCAAGACAUACAGCACUGUCUUCGAAAUCACUGCGACUAUCCUCAUGAGCUUCCUUGCGCGGGCGUUUGGUAGCAUCAACAACGGGAACCUCUUCUGUUUCUCGGCCAUUGCACAGAGCGCCAUCGCUCUAAUCCUUCCCGGAUGGUUGGUGCUCAGCUCAGCCCUGGAGCUCCAGUCUCGUGCUAUCGUACCGGGAUCUAUCCGCCUUGUCUUCGCCAUCAUCUACUCGCUCUUUCUCGGAUACGGCAUCACUGUCGGCACAGCUAUAUACGGUGCGAUAGACUCCAACGCCACCAAUUCGACCCAGUGCCAGGAUCCAAUGAACCCAUACUGGAACUUCCUCAUGGUCCCACUCUACGUCUUCUUCACGACCUUCACGGUACAGGCCAAGUACAAGCAGAUGCCGGCUAUGAUAACCAUCGCGUUUGCUGGCUACAUUGUCAACUUCUACGCUGGCCUGAAGUUUUCCUCAUCUGCCCCCAUCGCCUAUACAUUUGGCGCCUUCACUAUUGGCGUGUUGGCAAACUUGUACAGCCGAUUACGUCAUGGAGUUGCAGCUGCCGUCCUCCUACCUGCAGUAUACGUCCAAGUUCCGGGCUCUCUUGCGUCAAGUGGCAGUAUCAACUCUGCCCUACGAACAGCAUCAGCUCUGAUCAAGGGCGCAGAGACAUCGACCGACACCACCACCGACAGCCUCAAUGCCAUCGUCUUCAAUGUCGCUGCGUCCAUGAUCCAGAUUGCUAUCGGCAUCACUGUCGGGCUGUUCAUGGCUGCCCUUCUGGUCUACCCCAUGGGCAAACGACGCAGCGGUCUUUGGACACUCUAA